UACCUUCGCCAUUCCGGGUACAAACUAAAACCGAGGAAAAUUCCCGACCUGCUAGGUCUGAUGUAGAAAUCAUGGUAUUUUGUAUCGUUCUAGGUGAUAACACUGAAACUGCUUUCCCGAUUAUACUUCCUAUUGACAAGAAAGUUGGGGAACUCAGGGAAUCAAUCACUAAAAUAAAUCCAAUAAGUUUCACCAAUAUUGACGCAAAAGACUUAAUCCUAUGGCAAGUCAGUAUUUCUGACGAAGAUGUCGAAAGAAUGAAAAUUCUUAAUACCAAGCCUCCUUCUGAUAUUAAAAUUGAAGAACUUGGAGGUAAUGCUAUGUCCUCUAGGAAAGAAAUUCAAUUUUACUUCCCUGAAGAUCCAGUCGAUGAACAUAUCCACAUAAUAAUCGUCCGGCCACAACCGCCCGCCACCACUGUAGGACGACCAGGUGAAUAUCAAACUUCUAACCGUGAACCAGUUGAUCGUCUGAUCAAAAAUUUUUGGAUUGAUCUUUAUAAAGCACAAAUUGUCCUUAAAUCGCCAGACCAUAUCAACACAGAUAUAUACUCAUCAGAACCAUAUUCCAAGUACAUGAGAGUUGAAGGGAACGAAAUUGUUCUAGGUGAACAUAUAAUGUUAAAUUCACAUAAUGAGCUAAUACUUGAUAAUGGUGAGCCCGUGGCAGACAAUAUCACAAUGAAUUCUGUAGAAAAUAAUGAGCUAAUACUUGAUAAUGAUGAACCCAUGACAGACAAUAUCACAAUGAAUUCUGUAGAAAAUAAUGAGCUAAUACUUGAUAAUGAUGAACCCAUGACAGACAAUAUCACAAUGGAUUCUGUAGAAAAUAAAGAUAACGGAAUUGGGAAGCCCAAACCACUGGUGAAAUUUCUUCGUCUCCAUAGCACACCAGACGGAAUAGUCUAUGAUAUAUCAACACAGGAUAUACUAAUAAAAACUUCAUAUUUGCAGAUGAUUGAAGAGAUUGAAAAUGAUCGUGCUAUCAGUGAAAAAAAAAAUGAUAGAAAAAAAGGAUGUAUUAUAAUUGGAUCACCUGGCAUUGGCAAAACGCAUUUUUCGUUAUAUCUUGCUUUCUAUAUAACUCGUCGGUAUUUCCCGGCAGAUUUUAUCUAUCAACAGUUAAAUGAAGGCAAAUCUCAUACUAUUCAUAUCAGUCAAAAAAACAUGGAUGUAAUCGAAUAUCCUCGGGGUUUAGGAGGCGAAUUCCCAAUAAAUAGUUUCUAUAUCGCCGAUUCUGUAAUCCCUUCUUUAUGUACAACAAAAUUCACAUUUCUAGUCACAACACCAAAAAAUGAUCGCUGGCAUGAAUUUGAUAAACACCGUGUUCAGAAAUAUUAUGCACCGAUUUGGACAGAUGGAGAGAUUUUGGAUGUUUGGGAAUGGGAUAAGAGGGAUUAUAAGCAUAAAAUACCUAAAGAGCGAGUUGAAGAAUUGAUUAUUCGAUGGGGUUGUAUACCACGACGAAUUUUUAAUGAAUAUGAUAAUGAACCAAAAAUCUACGAUAUAGUUUCUCAGUGUGAUGCUUAUAUGUACCUUAGAAACGAUGGAGGAGAUUUAAAAGAUAAUUAUUCCGGGAAAGCUAUACAUAUUUAUCCCAGUUCUGAUUUUAAAGAUAAACAAUAUGUUAUCGCUUCAAAAGAAAUACUUAAGGCUUUGUAUGAUCACUAUGCAAAGAACACAAAAAAUAUAAUUAUUAACGUAAUCAAAAAUUUUGCAAAGACUGCUGGUGGUCCAUUAGCUGGCAAACUCUUUGAAUUGUUGGCUCAUGAUAUCUUGCGAAAAGGUGGAAAAUUUAAGGUGCGACGUUUAACUAAGGAUAUCAAUGAAGACUCUGAAAAACUGCCUGUUGAAGAGUUAACACUUAAAGGGUUAACGCACAAACAGUUUCGUAAAAUUGAUGAAAUAUCUUCGGAGUGUUAUAACAUUCCCGAUAGUCCUAAUUUUAAAUCUAUUGAUUCUAUUGCGCCUGAUUGUGAUGGGACUCAUUAUUUAUAUCAGAUGACAAUUGCAGAUAAACAUAGUAUCAAGGUAAGAGGUCUCAGCGAAUUGAAAAGUAAAAUAAAUGAUUAUCAACCAAUCAAUCUAUAUUUUGUUGUCCCGGAUAUAAAUGAUCUGUUUGAUGAUUUUUGUGAACAGAAGUAUGUUACAACAACAGACAUAGAAUAUGUAGGAUGGGAUUAUACAACAUCUUGGAUUAAGCAAAAUUUGACUCAAUAUGUUCUUAAGAUCGAUUUGUCAGAUUUUUAA